GACUCACAAACGCCGGGAACGACGGAGUGAUAUCAUUUCACGUUUUGGCUUUGGUGGUUCUGUUGAGUUUUGCUGCCAUCGCCACCAUGUCCAACGGUCCAAUUUUAGGCGGAAUUAGUCAGCUGGAGGGGAAUGAGAGGAAGGAGGCUCUGGAACUCCUCGAUGCCACUCUCGCACAGUUGGCCACCUGAGAUGGACCCAGCUUCAAGGCACUUAAUGUGACCUCUGUGACGGGUCAGGUCGUAGCUGGAAGCCUCAACACCUACGAGGUUCAGCUGGACAAUGGAUCCGAGAUAAAACAGGGCACUGUGAAGAUCUGGAGUCAGCCAUGGCUAAAGGAGAACGGCACCAACAUCAAGAUCAAGUUUGCGGGUGAGGACGACGAACUGGACCAAACUUGGUAGAAGGUUUUUACCUUCUUACCUUAUAUAUAUCCCCUUAUAUAUAGGGGAACCAUAUUCUUGAGGCCUCAGGUAGCGUGCAGAAGAGAGCCUUACCUUUACUAUCUGGGGGAUUUAUGUACAUUUGGUUUCACUAGAUCCUUAUCUUAUGGGAAAAGUUCUUUCGGGUUUCAGGUACACACCCAUAGAGUAGGUUAUAAAACUGAUUCGAUGUUGGUUAACCAGUUCUGUUGGCAUAACCAGUUUGUUUAUAUCUCAAUAUAUAUAUCUCAAUAGGUAAAUCGUAUUAUCUUUUAGCUCAACUAUUGUGUUUAUUUAAUAAGUCAGCGGUGUCAGUGGAUGUUACAAAUAGUAAUUCUCCCUUUGUUGCUGAUAAUACUCUUCGUUUUUCAAUUUUCGUUUCGAAAACAAUAGACAUUAGUAAAUUAUCUGAAACACAACUGAUAACCGUAUGAGGGCUUAAGUAAAUUAAGUCAAUUUAUAUUUUCUUAUCAACCUUCAUUGAGGAAUCAUUAUCACUCGAAAUUAAGAAAUGCGUAAAGAGGUCGAAAUGAAAACUUUGAACAUAUGCUAAAAACAAAAUAAUUAUAAAGAUGAACUGUUUGCUGACGAGAUCUUAACGACUGAUUCAAAUAGAGGUGUUCUCACUCAGAGUGAUUAGUCCGUACAAUGUUAAUACUCCUGACCUGGGCAAACAAGUAAAAUGAUAUCACGAAACGGCAGGCCAGUGCAAAAUCAAAGUAAAAUAUUCAGCAAUAAACUGAAGAUUAAAUAAAAAAAAGAUGCCAAACAAGCGGGUUCAGGUUUGGGCGCACACACUACUUGGCGCCUCUCCUUCUUUGGUGGCCGGUUGGCGUUGAUCGCGUAUAAAUAAAUAAAUAUAUAUUAUCGGCGAGCUCUCCGAUGAUCUCGG